AUGAGCUACUACUACGGCAACUACUAUGGAGGCCUGGGCUAUGGCUGUGGAGGCUUCAGUGGCCUGGGCUAUGGCUGUGGCUGGGGAUGUGGCAGCUUCCGGAGACCGGGCUGUGGCUCGGGCUGGGGGGGCCUCAGAUACGGCUGCAGCCGCCCACUGUGCUAUGGAGGAUAUGGGUUCUCUGGCUUCUACUAA